GGGAUGCGCAAGGGCCGGACGAGCAUCCAGGAGGAGGUUGAGAGGGUCGUGCUGCCUCACCUGCGCUGCGACGGGUCCAAGUUCAUCUCUGCAGGCCGAGAAGACAUGAAUGUGAGGAUGCUUGGCAGCGGGCGGCCCUUUGUGCUGGAGAUCGCCAAUGCACGGGCAGCGAUGCCUGCCUUGGAGUGCUUCGAGCAGAUGGCAGACAGCCUGAAUCAGUCCGGCGUUGGAGUGGAGGUCAGGAAGCUGCAGCCGGUCGACAAGGACAGCCUGAGAGCUGUGCAGGCGGGCGAGCAAGAGAAGCAGAAGUCCUAUCUGGCCACAUGCUGGUUGCCCUGCCCAGUAACGCCCGCCAUCCUGGAAAACAUCAACUCGAGCGAGAACCUCGUGCUGCAGCAGCGCACACCUACGCGUGUGGAGCACAGGCGAGCCAUGCUGGUGCGAGAGAAGACCAUCUACUCAAUGAGUGCAGAGCCUGUGGAAGGCGAUCCCCAUAGCUUGGUUCUGCGCCUGCGCACUCAGGCUGGCACGUACAUAAAGGAGUUUGUGCAUUCUGACGACGGCCGCACCACUCCCAACCUUGCUUCUCUUGUGGGCUGUGAAGAAUCUGCUAAGAUUCUUGACCUGGAUGUGCUCGAGGUCCACAUGGAGUUCAUAUAA